UGUGUGUGUGUGUGUGUGGUGGGGGGGACGUACGGACCGAAUUGGGGGACGAGCCCGCGCACCUGCGCACAGGCUCCGCGAGGUGCGCGCUCUGCUCGGGGACCCGAAAGGGCCCACUCGGGGAGCGCGGAGCCGUGCGUCCGCGAACGGGGUCGGGGGCACGCGAGCGAAUACAAAAGGGGGUGUGGGAUCUCCACGGCCCUCUGUCUUCCGGGGCGCGCAAGGGGCUUCUGCCCGAGUCCUGGUCACACUCGCUCGCCUGCGCAGCCCCUUGGGAAACGGGCCUGGAAUUCCUGUUGGGAGGAGGGAGGGGGGAGGGGAGUCAGCAGGGACUCCAGAGUUGCUGCCAUAGGCCGGCCUUUGGCCAUCAGCAUGGGGCAUUCGUGCUGUGACCUUUCCAGUGGAGGAAGUGACCCGCAAACGCAGCUGUGUACUUCCUUGGUGAAGAGGACACAUUCAUUUAUAAAUCCAAUAUCCAUUAAGGUCACUCUGCCGGCCGGGUGUGAGGCCUCGGUGGGGGAGGGGGUUGUGGCUGGCGAGGACACAAAGAUGACUGCCCUGGAGGAGCUCAGAGCCUUAUGCUUCUUUUCUCUCCCCUCCCCGCAGGUAAGGCUGGCCUCUCUGCAAUCCGGGGCCUGAGCUCUGCCAUGGGGGUAGGGGUGUCUUUACUGCUGCAGUUUUCUCUGACAUCUGGGGGCGGCCAGAGUGUGGGCCGAAGCAGGCGCUGCAGUCGCAGGAGUAUCCCCAGGAGGAGCUGGAAAAAGCCUCGUCUCCAGCUCCACAGUCUCCAGGAGGGUUUUAGGCGGGCAGAGCGUGGGCACAGUCUGGACAGGCGGUGGCCCGGCAUUGUGCUGGGCUGGGAGUAGCAACCAGCGCCCCCGUCCUGUUCCCGGAAGGGCCGUUCUCGCUCCUUCUCCAGGCUUCUACCCUGAGAGACCGAGGUGAGGAAGGCUGAAAGUGGCUCCUGUGGUGUGAUUAGAGCCGGCACAGGAAGAGCCGAUGCUGGAACGUCGCUGCAGGGGCCCCCUGGCCAUGGGCCCGGCCCAGCCCCAACUCCUUUCGGGGCCCUCCCAGGAGUCACCCCAGACCCUGGAGAAGGAGCCCCGCGGGCUGAGGUUACAAGGCACCUCUGUGGCCAAGUCGGGAGGCCAAGCCCCCGGUCGGGUCCAUCGCUGUGCCCACUGUCGAAGGCACUUCCCGGGCUGGGUGGCCCUGUGGCUUCACGCCCGACACUGCCAGGCCCGGCUGCCCCUGCCCUGCCCUGAGUGCAGUCGUCGCUUCCGCCACGCCCCCUUCCUGGAGCUGCACUGCCAGGUCCACGCUGCUGCCACCCCAGACCUGGGCUUUGCCUGCCACCUCUGCGGGCAGAGCUUCCGGGGCUGGGUGGCCCUGGUUCUGCAUUUGCGGGCCCACUCGGCUGCAAAGCGGCCCAUCGCCUGCCCCGAGUGCGAGAGACGCUUCUGGCGACGAAAGCAGCUCCGAGUGCAUCUGCGGCGGCGCCAUCCCCCUGCCCCCGAGGCCCGGCCCUUCAUAUGUGGCAACUGUGGCCGGAGCUUUGCCCAGUGGGACCAGCUGGUUGCUCACAAGCGGGUUCACGUUGCCGAGGCCCUGGAGGAGGCAGCAGCCAAGGCUCUGGGGCCACGACCCAGGGGUCGCCCGGCGGUGACAGCCCCCCGGCCCGGCGGGGACGCGGUCGAUCGGCCCUUCCAGUGCGCCUGCUGCGGCAAGCGCUUCCGGCACAAGCCCAACCUGAUCGCCCACCGCCGCGUGCACACGGGCGAGCGGCCCCACCAGUGCCCCGAGUGCGGGAAGCGCUUCACCAAUAAGCCCUACCUGACCUCACACCGGCGCAUCCACACCGGCGAGAAGCCCUAUCCGUGCACCGAGUGCGGGCGCCGCUUCCGCCACAAACCCAACCUCCUGUCUCACAGCAAGAUCCACAAGCGAUCCGAAGGGUCUGCGCAGGGCACCCCCGGCUCGCGGAGCCCCCAGCUUCCAGCCGGGCCCCUGGAGCCCUCGGCGGAGCCCACCCCGGAGGCCCGACUGAGACCCGCUCAGGAGCCUGCCCCCGCGCCUCUGCGGGAGGCCCCGGGAGAGGCCCCCCGGGAACAGGCGGAAGCCCCGCCGUCUCUCUACAGCUGCGGGGACUGCGGCAGGAGCUUCCGGCUGGAGCGCUUCCUGCGGGCCCACCAGCGGCAGCACACGGGGGAGCGGCCCUUCACCUGCCCCGAGUGUGGGAAGAACUUUGGCAAGAAGACGCACCUGGUGGCCCACUCCCGCGUCCACUCUGGGGAGCGGCCCUUUGCCUGUGAGGAGUGCGGGCGCCGCUUCUCCCAGGGCAGCCACCUGGCAGCCCACCGGCGCGACCACGCGCCCGAGCGGCCCUUCGUCUGCCCGGACUGCGGCAAGGCUUUCCGCCACAAGCCCUACCUGGCAGCCCACCGGCGCAUCCACACCGGCGAGAAGCCCUACGUCUGCCCCGACUGCGGCAAGGCCUUCAGCCAGAAGUCCAACCUGGUGUCCCACCGGCGCAUCCACACCGGCGAGCGCCCCUACGCCUGCCCCGACUGCGACCGGAGCUUCAGCCAGAAGUCCAACCUCAUCACCCACCGCAAGAGCCACAUCCGGGACGGCGCCUUCUGCUGCGCCAUCUGUGGCCAGACCUUCGACGACGAGGAGAAGCUCCUGGCCCAUCAAAAGAAGCAUGAUGUCUGAGGCGGCGGCCUGGGCGCGGUUCACACGGAGGGGCACCGCAGGGGGCCUUGGGACCUGUGUUGCUGCAAGGGGUGGGAGAGGCCGGGAAUGAGCUGGGCCCUGUUAGAGAGGGAGGUCACCCCGCACGGGCCCGGGAGCCCGGCCUCCAGCUGGCGUUUGCUAAGGUUCUGUCCACAUGGUCCUGUGCCCUGCAGAAGCAGCAGUUGCAGCUCCACCCACCAUCCACCUGGAGGGGCCCCAGGGGACAGGAAGACCCUUCUUCAGUGGUGUCAACGCCUUAACGUCCCUGUCCUUCAUGAAUUCCUCUGGCUCGGUGUUGGAGUAGGUGCGGUGCGGUCCUUAGAAGCUUAGGGGGUGGGUGAGCGCUUGGGAGAAGUGGGCGGCAGGUCCGGGGCGCCCGGGAGAACCUGCUGGCCUUCUUGGGGAGCGCUGGGAGCGAAGCUGAGCUGCUCUGACCCAUCUCCAGCCCCCCCACGCCAGCCCGCCCUCCUGCCCUUGCACUGGCGCCCACACUUGGAGAGACCCGUCUGCCGUUGGUCUCAGCUCUGAUCAGCCCCAGGGCACUCCCCUCCUGCCUGACUCGCUUUGUUCCCACCAGGAGCAUCCCCUGGCUGUCGUCUGAGCACCCCGGCCCGCCCUCACUCCUUCCAUAACCCCACGUUGCAGAGAGGACUGCCCCCUGGUAACAGCCUCCACCGACGGGAGAAGAGGGGCGUUUCCUUUUCAGCAUUUCUAGCACCUGGACACCCAGCCUCUGCGACACUUAGGUGACAGGGAGUCCCCGCCUGCUGAGGCCCUGGUUCUAACGUAGGAUAAUUCUAAUUGUUAGAAGUUCUUCCUUAUAAUGAAUGAAAUCUGCUUUCCUAUCAUUUCUACCUACUGGGCCUUGUUCUGUUCUUUGGAACUAAACAGAACAACCACUUACCCUCCUUUUCAAACUAGAGAAUAAAGAUUUGGUUUUAGAACUG